UUGCAGUGCAGUACCAGCCUCCUUCUAGCUCAUUGCAAUAGGUGGGGUGUGGAGCACAGUUACCCGAAAGGAAAAGAUGAGCUAUUCACGUUCUAAUAUGUCUUCUGGUAGCAGAACUGCUCGAAGAACACUCGAGUUUGGAAGGACACAUGUUGUGAGGCCCAGAGGGAAACAUCAGGCAACAAUGGUCUGGCUACACGGACUGGGGGACAAUGGCUCAAGUGCAUCUCAGCUAUUGGAAUCUCUCUCUCUCCCAAAUAUAAAAUGGAUCUGUCCAACUGCUCCUACUCGUCCUGUGGCUAUACUUGGUGGUUAUUCUUGCACUGCAUGGUUUGAAGUGGGAGAACUAUCAGAAGAUGGCCCAGAUGACUGGGAGAGUUUAGAUGCUUCAGCAGCACAUAUUGUGAACUUGUUGGCAGCUGAGCCAGCUGAUGUUAAAGUCGGUAUUGGAGGCUUUAGUAUGGGUGCUGCAAUGGCCCUUUAUUCUGCAACUUGUUAUGCUAUGGGUAGGUAUGGAAAUGGCAAUCCAUACCCUCUCAAUCUGAGGGCAGUUGUUGGACUUAGUGGCUGGCUUCCAGGAGCAAGGAGCUUGAGAAACAAAAUAGAAGGGUCACAUGAGGCUGCAAGGCGUGCUGCAUCGUUACCCAUUCUGCAGUGCCAUGGAAAUGCUGAUGAUGUUGUCCCCUACAAGUAUGGAGAGAAAUCGUUCCAGAGUUUGAAUUCAGCAGGAUUUCGAUUCCUUACAUUCAAACCCUUUGAUGGGCUUGGCCAUUAUACAGUCCCUAAAGAGAUGAAUGAGGUCUCCAGUUGGCUUACUGCAAGGCUAGGGCUCGAGGGUUACCGCUCCUGAAUCCAACAGUUUGUAGUCGGGGCUAAAGUGAAAGUAGUAGCUAACAAUAAUGGGUGAGAAAGGGGUAUGUACAAGUAGGUAGUAUACAGAAUGAGGCAUGGAGGGUAUAUAGUAUAGCUAAAUUGAUCAGUAAUAUCCUUGUGUUCUGUAUCUCUACAAAUAAGUUUUCUUCAUUACACUUCGGUUCAGUUUUGGGUGUAUUUUGUAGUCAUUAAUGUGAUACUAAUAUAAUAAUUUGUGGAGUUUUACUUC